ACUGUAGAGAGCCGUAGAUAUUCUUUUUAACGCAUACACACAGACGUAGCUACGUAGAAUGAGUGCAAUGCCAGGUGUGAUGGUCCUCACUGCAGCUCUGCUCCUGGCAUUUGCCUGUUGUGGAGCACUCGGACAAAGCCGGGGAGGACUGAGUGAAGAGGAGAUGGAGGAGAUUCUUGAUGCUCACAACUACUACCGUCGGAUUGUCGACCCAGUUGCUACCAACAUGCUUAAAAUGGAGUGGGAUGAGGAACUGGCUUACAUGGCUCAGUUCUGGUCAUCAACCUGCACCUAUAUGGAAAACGAGGAUCGCCACAGUCAGUCUGCCAACUUUGACUACGUGGGCGAGAGUUUUGCAGCCACCAUCAGCUACACUGUCAACUACACUCAGCUGAUUGGCAUGUUGUGGUGGGGAGAGAAGAGGUUCUUCAACUACUACACGGCGAGCUGCUACGACGAGGACGGAAAUGCAAACGACGAUGGAAACUUUGAAACUUGUGGAAGAUACACACAGGUAAUUCAGUAG